CUUGAGACCUGGAGCAGCUCAGCCUGCGAGCACUCACGCGGAUCCAGCCAUGGAGGCAGGUCCCGACGCCAAGGGGAGAGACAGCCCCGCAGUCCCGGAGGACCCUACCGUCGCCGAGGACACGCGCAACCCCUCGCAGCCGGCGCUCCCGCAGCUCCCCCGCCGCCCGCAGCUGCUGGAUGAAGACGCAGGGCCAGACGAGGAUGGGGCCGUGGCCACAGAGGGCAGCGAGCCCGCCCGGGGGGACCCAGAACCCGCGUCCACGUCGGGCGAUGCGGGGCCCGGGCCCAAGGCCACCGGCGGCACGGUGCCGCCUAUAGGCUUCGUGGGUGAGCCGCCGCCCUACGCGCCCCCGGACCCCAAGGCAGUGGCGCUGCUCUACCCGCCCUUCCCGCAGGUGCCGGUGCUGUUCCAGCCCGCACCCGGGUCCGCCGCACUCUACCCACCGCCGCCUGGGCCGCUCUUCCCACCCGCCGCCGCUGCUGCUGGAGCCUCCUUCCCCUUCCCCGCGUAUGGCAGCCCCAUGGCCGGCGGGCCUGCCCCCAUGCAAGUGGAGCACAGGCCUCUGCCCAAGGACUUCAUGAUGGAGUCAGUGCUGGUGACCCUGUUCUGUUGCCUUCUCACGGGGCUUAUAGCCAUUGUCUACUCCCACGAGACUCGAGCAGCCCUGGGCAGGGGUGACCUGGCACAGGCGGAGGAGGCUUCGAGGAAGGCCCGCUCGCUCGUGCUCUUCAGCCUGCUCUUCGGGGUCUUUGUGUCCACCAGCUGGGUCAUCUAUGUGGUGGUGGCCCUCUACCUCCCCUGA